UCCUGCCCACGCUCCUCCUCCGGCUUCCCCGGGCCCCGAAUAACCGGAGCCACCCGGUCCGACCCCUCACACUCAGCGCGGCCCGAGCCCGGCGGGACGUGCCCGGCGCGGCGGAGAGGCAAAGGGUUCCUAGAAGAUGGGUGACUGGGAAUUCCUGCAGAAACUGCUGGACCAAGUCCAGGAGCAUUCGACCGUGAUCGGGAAGAUCUGGCUCACCGUGCUCUUCAUCUUCCGCAUCCUCAUCCUGGGCCUGGCCGGGGAGUCUGUGUGGGGGGACGAGCAGUCGGAUUUCGUGUGUAACACCAAGCAGCCAGGCUGCACCAACGUCUGCUAUGACAAAGCCUUCCCCAUCUCCCACAUCCGCUACUGGGUGCUCCAGUUCCUCUUCGUCAGCACCCCGACCCUGAUUUACCUAGGCCACGUUGUGUAUCUCUCCCGCAAGGAGGAGAAGCUGAAGAAGAAGGAGAGCGAGCUUCGGGCUGUCCACAGCAAGGACCCGAAGAUUGAGGAGGCCCUGGCAGACCUGGAGAAGAAGAUGUCCAAGAUCUACAUGACAGAGAGCGGGCGGCUCAAGAUCCGAGGGGCGCUGAUGUGGACGUACAUCACCAGCAUCAUCUGCAAGAGCAUCUUUGAGGCUGGUUUCCUCGUGGGCCAGUGGUACCUGUAUGGCUUCUCCAUGGUGCCCCGCUAUGUGUGCAAGAGGGACCCGUGCCCCCAUCAGGUGGACUGCUUCAUCUCCCGCCCCACCGAAAAGAGCAUCUUCAUCAUCUUCAUGCUGGUGAUGGGCCUGAUCUCCUUAGUCCUGAACCUCCUGGAGCUCUUCCACCUGUGCUGCAAGAACCUGCUUAGCAACAUCAAGAAGGCGUCAGGGCCAGCUGGACCGAGCCAGGACACCUUUGUGGAUGACAUGGUCUCGGGUCCCUACGUGCCCAAGCACUAUCCCUUCCUGCCCAUGGCUGAGAGCCACGCGCCCUCCUACCAGACCUACAACAAGCUCUCCAGCGAGCAGAACUGGGCCAACUACCGCAACGAGGAGAACCUGGCACUGGGCAGCAGCAGCAGGCCCCUGCCGGACCCCUACGCCCCCGGGCUUGCUGAAGCCUCCGCCCCGGAGGAGAAGCCGGGCAGCCGGCCCGGGAGCUCAGCCUCUAAAAAGCAGUACGUGUAGUGCCGGGCUGGCUCCGGCUGGCAGGGGGACAUUCCUCGGUCCCUUGUGCCUGCAAAGGUGCUGGCUGCGGGCAGGCAGCUGCCUCCUGCCUGGUUCUGUGCUCUACACAUUCCCCUCUGGAGGCUCCAGAGACCUGCCCGCCCUGGGAUGGGAUGCUCGGGAGCACGGCCGUGGAGCGCAGCCUCCGCUCUCGCCGGUUUUCCCCACAGACCCUGCAAGGAAGGAAACUGCAUGAAGUUCCCUGGGACGCCGUGUCCUGUGUGCCUUGCCGUGGGAAAGGGAGAAAGCUCUGGAGCCACGCCGUGGAACAGGCUGUCCCCGAGGCCGUGGCUGGAGGCUGCUGGCCAUUGGGGGCUGUGGUUCAGCCAGACCCCAGAGCCUCGGCCGGCACGAGAGCCAGGAGUGCAGCCGUGGGAAGCUGCUCGUCUCCAGCCUCCACACGGAGCAGGCUGGGCCGGGGACUGCCGGGAAAAGCUGGGCUGGGGCAGCGCUGACUGAUCCUGGCCACCAGCCCCAUCCCAUUCCAGUGGUCCUGGCAUCUGCCCAGAGUUGGCUGCAGAGGCUGCCCCCUCCCCAUGGGACACAGAGGGGUUAAGCCAGCUCUGCCGUGACCGGCAGAUUCCAAAGGCUGCAGGGGCACUGUGGGUGACCCAGGAGUGUGAGUUCCUCCCCUCCCGGCCCUGGGCUCUUUCCCAUGGGAUGUGUGCCUUUAAGUUAUUUUUAACCUGCUGGGCUGAGCAUGGAGUUUCUGCCUUAAAGGUGCAGUUUGCAGGGACUUUGGGGAGCUGUGUCCAGCCUGGCCGUGUGCCUUAGAGCCCCGUGGGGUUUAGGGAGGAAUCAGCCCAGCACCUGAAAGUUUGGGGGUUUUGGGUUUUUAUUACUUUGCACUAGUCAUCUCCUGCUGUGGGCUGAGGGGUUGAGGGGGGUGGAAGGACCAACUGCUGUCACAGGAGCUGUCACCCUGACUUCCCCAGCCCACUGAAUGCUGUGAGAGGGGAUUGUCCUGCUGUGACCAAGGGGCUGCUGGUCCUGUGUGACCAAGGUGUGAGUGAGGGUGCGGUGUGGGCACUGCCCUCAGCGCUGUUUCCCUUCCCCUGGCAGAUUCCGUGUUGCAUCUUGUUGAAUAAAGUUGGAUGAAUGAGAAAAGGUGAAGGUGGUGUGUCUGUGCUUCCUGCUGCCUCCAGGAGGGCAGGUGAGGGUUUGGGGCUGAGGGAGGGGGAAAUGCUGUCCUGUGGGGCUGAUGGGGCUGGGGUGAAGGGGAAAGUGGAUGCCCAAUUUUGCUGUGGAUGCCACACACCCACUGAAAGCACAACCCUCCCUGCUGUGGCCUCCUGUCUCCCUGAGCCCAGCCUUAAUUCAGGGUUUUCACAGAACUGUCACGUCCCAGGCUCAUGGUGGCCCAAAGCAGAGCUCAGCACCUCUCCCUCACUGCAGAUAAACCCAGCAGAGGCCACGGAGCUGCUCGUGGCUGCAUAAUAGGUGGAAAUGAGCCACAGAUAAAGGCACACAAUGUGGCUGGGGCUGUUGUUUAGCUCCCCGGCCAGAGCAGAGCCUGCUCUCUGUCGAGGGCCUCUCCAGUGAGGGUGGGACAGGCUAAAAAUACCCCGGAGAAAAUGAAAUAUGGGUGAUAUGGGGCAGUAUCGCUGCCAUCGGCCGCUGGAGGAAAUGAGGAGGGAGGCACCCAGCUGUGCUGCCCUUGGGCUGGGAGCCGAGCCCACCCUUGGCUUCCUCCCUGCUGGGGACGAGGGGAGGUGAAACCCCCUGGGGUGGGGGUCUGGGCACACCACCAGCUCCCAGCUGUUCCCUGUGCCCUCUUUCCUGUGCCCUCCUGGAGGAAGCUGGGGUAGAUCCAGUGUGGAACGACCCUGCCCUGCUCUCACUGUCUCUGGAGGGACCCUGUCCUGCUCCCUCUGUUGCCCAGUUGGGACCUCCCAGGCCACUCCAGUGCAAUGGGGGGCACAUGCCAGAGCUCCCCAGGUAUCAGCUCUGGGGGGAGCAGCUCAGUGCGCUGGGUCAGGAGGAAACACCCGAGUGAAAGGGAACGGAGCAGCCACGCCAUGUUUACCCACCACAGUGUCCCCGGGUCACCUCCCCUCUCCUGGACUCCUAUUUUUGUUGGCACCGGGGGAGCAUCACACUUUUCCGAGCGACCCUGAAGGUGGAAAACAAGAUGGCCGAGACGCCCCCCACCCUUGCCUGGAUAGUGCAGUGCCCAGGCGCUGCACAAACACAGCUCCGUGUCCCGCUAUUGUUCCCGUGUUGUGACAAAGCGGCUCGGGGCAGCUGCAGUGACCCCACGCCGCCGGGACGUGCUGCCAACAACAACAGCGAGGGGCUUACCUGCGGGCCAGGCUGGGGAGGGGGCAGCAGCAGGGCUGGGGUUGGCUAGAGCGUCCCAGAAGGUGGGCGGGCAGCCCUUAGGCAAAUAAAAGUUUGGAGCUGAUAA